GGAACUAUUACAUCCCCUAACUUCCCUGAGCCCUACCCCAACAACUUGACCUGCAUCUACCUGAUAGCCAGGCCAGAAGGUGAGGUCAUCACGCUCACCUUCACGAACAUCAGCCUUGAGGACCACCUUUCUCACUGUCAUGACUACGUUCAGGUGCAGGAUGGAGGAAAAAAAAUUUCUUCUAUACUGGGUGGAGUUGAUUUAUGUGGAUCUAUUCUUCCAAAGAAAACAACACACCACCCAAAAUAUUAUGAGGAUUACCUUUGUCUCUGAUCACUCUGUGAGCUACUCAGGGUUUCGGGCAAUUUAUACCUCAACCCUGCUUCCUUAUCAGCCGCUUCUAGUGACAGCCCAUGAUGGUAUUUACCGCUUGGAUGUAGAGACGGGAAUAUAUACCCCGAUCCCAAUAUUGAGUACUUCAACAUUCCUGGCCAUUGCAUUGGAUCCGCUGGACGACCGCGUCUACUGGUCAACAUCUUACAGCAUCAACAGCGCAUUUCCUAACGGCAGCGACAUCAUCAAACACUACAAUUUUGAUUUCGGUAGGAGUUCUAAAUGCAGCGGGCUUGCCUUGGAUUAUCUCUCUCACCUGCUCUUCUUCGCUGACAUGAAUAAUGGCGUCAUUGGUCUCAUCGACAUUCCUUCUUCCCAUGUCUCUGAGGUUCUGUCGACAGAUCUCGAAGGGCCCUCUGAUCUCGCACUGGAUAUAGUAAACAAUGUCAUUUACUGGACUCAGAUUGGAACUUCUCCUAAAAUUGAACGUGCUAACUACGACGGGAGUGAUCGUAGAACUAUUGUCACAUCUGUAGACAGGCCGUAUGCUAUCACCCUGGACCUAGACCGAGGCUAUUUGUACUGGGUGGAUGCAUUGUCAGGAGCAGUAGGCAGGUCGGAUCUCGAGGGCAAUUACUCCACGGUCAUAUAUUCAUUGCCUGACUUCUCUGACACCCUCUAUGCACUCGGCCUUAAAGACGACAUGUUGUAUGUCAUUCAAAGCAGCAUUUACACAUUCCCUUCUCUUUCGUUCUCGUUUUUGUAUAAAGUUAAUACAACAACAGGAAUUUCAGCUGGAAACCUCUCCUUCCAUGAAUUCACAAUGAAGGAUAUGAUUGUGCUUGACCAAAAUAUCGUCGUUAGAAGUCCCAACAGAUGCGAUGUUGACAACGGAGGCUGCCCUAUAUUUGUGUACCCAAGUCUGGCAAGGCGAGUGCCUGCUUGUGUCCAGAACACAUGUCCUGCAACAGGAGUGAGAGUAAAAUAUCGGCCUGUGGAGAGAAUAUCACGUCAUCAUCUGGCAUCAUACACUCGCCAAGAUACCCGAAAAAAUACCCCAAUAACCUGGAUUGCAUCUACUAUAUUAUACGCCCGAAGGGUGACAGGAUCACAAUCGCUUUGCAGAAUUUUAGCUUGGAAAAUUCCGAGUUUUGUCACGCUGAUUUCCUUGAGCUUCGAGACGGGGACCAGCCGGCGUCUCCUCUUCUGGGCAGAAGGUACUGUGGAACUCUCGGGCGGCUACCUGUCCUGACAUCGACACAAAAUGUCGUGAGGAUCCGAUUGAGAAGCGAUUCUGUUCUCUCGAGUACCGGAUUUCGUCUAAGCUACACAACGGAUUUGACGUCGACGACAACCGUCUUUACGACGUCUUCAGACUUGGCUCCAAAACCAGCGGCUGCACGAAAAGUCGUUGUCAACGGCCCGCUCGUCUUCGAUACGAAUGGUUUCCAGAAGUUGACAUUGACCUGCCACCCCGAGGACGCCGCAAACGUGAUUGUCUACAGCUGGAGUGUCCCUUGUGACCAGACAGGAGAAUGGGUGUGCUCCUUUAUGCCAUUACCCGCUGAGGAUGAUGGGAAGCCUGUGGUUUGCGUGGUUAAAUACACAAACGGCCAAUGGGAAUAUGGACUAUUCCCUGUAAGAUUAAACUAUCCACCAAGCCUUCGCCCUCUCAUCAGCGGAUACAAAGAUGGCGACAUCCUGAGGGAAGGCGACAGGCUGAAUCUCACCUGCUCCGUUGCUGGAGGGAAACCGAUUGUGGAGUCAGUCAUCUUCUCGUGUCCGGGGUAUGCAGACGAUCCGGACGACGUACCCGAUGCAGAAGGAAAACAAAGUGCAGUACAGAUAAGCCACGUGCGUGCAUCAGACAGUGGCUUGAGGUGUGAAUGCACAGCCAGGUGGAAAAACACAGACUGGUACACACUCACCACAGCUAUUGUGCUCACACUCGAAGCACCUGCUUCUAGCCAUGACAAGCUCUGUUCCGAAUCAAAAUCACACGUUUUCCAAUGGGCGAUUGGAGGGUCUGUGCUCAUUAUUUUUGUCAUGAUUAUCGUUAUUACGAUAAUCAUCAUCAAGAGAAGACGGGAGAAGAGAAACAAAGACAGAUGACCAUCAUUGGAGAUGACGGCAGUAUGGCUUACAGAAAUCUGGAGAAAUCCGAGUUGGACCAUCAGUCUGCUUCGAGAUUCUCAAAUAUCGACUAGAAAAACUACGGAUAUAUAGCCGUGGAAAACGUUCAUCUAUAAGAUGAAUGCUCGACGAGAUGUAAAAUUCUUGUUUAACUCAAUGUUAUGACAUUAUGGUUUCGUUGGGUGCUAAUGUUUUCUGAUUUUUUUUUAAUGAAACUUGCAAGUGUAACCACCGUACAGUCAGAAGAAGUACACUUGUCCAACCUUGUUUAUGAGAACACCCUACUGUAAAUUAACCCUAACCUCCGUCUUUAAACCUUAUAACGUUUCCCAAUAUGUCGCAGAGCAUCAGAAAAUUCAUAAUUUGCUCGCUUGUUUUAUUUUCUUUUUUUAUAAGGCUUUCUGUAUAAUAAUCCUAAACUAAAAGCCUUUCAAUCUUAUUUUGCAGAAGAACAUUAUUGGCAUCAUCACAAAUGACACAUGUUACUAUAUUUUGGUAUUUCAAGUUGUUUUUCUUGACACUUUUUGUUCUGUAGCAAACCUAUAAUGCUUGUAUUUUAUGACAAUUGAAUAUGACUAUUUUUCGCUACUGCCUUUUUGAUGUUUAACAAACGUAGCACAGAACUGAAAGGUUACCAAAAAAACAGCGGUUUGUCACAUGUGGAAGUCAGACCCGAGCCCGCUUCUGCUGUAACUCCCUGAUGAAUCAGGGUCCAGUUCUGGAAGGUGGAUUAGGCGUGUUUCUUCUACAGAGAGGGCUCCAAACAACGGUCUGCUCGUUCAAAGUCAAAACAUGUGACUAAUUAAAAAAAAAAGAUGAUUCCAUGUUCUUAGAUGCUAGUGGCUUAAAUUCUGGUCACUGUCAUGCACAUGUAUGAUUAUUUUUACUUCAUGUUUACCUGAAACAUCGCUCACACACAAACACACACACACACACACACAAAUCUAUUGAUCUCAUUUCCGACUAUGAUCUCUGGAAUGUAUCCUGUCAGCAUACAACCCCAUCUUCCCCAUGGUCUCCUAUCAUAUCAUUCAGUAGUCAUUUGAGAAUUGUAAAAAGUGUUUCUGAUAAAUAAUAUCAAAAUUAUAUAUAUAUACUGGGCAAGCAAUAAAGGCCUUUAAUUUGUC